AUGCCCGAGUAUACAGCCCAGAAAUGGAUUUACGCGAAACCGUUCGCCAAAGAGCCAACGCUGGAAAACUUCCAACUGGUGGAAGAACCGGUACCACAGCUACAGGAUGGAGAAUUCAUGAUCCGAGCGAUGUACUUGAGCGUAGAUCCGUACAUGCGCAUCUACACACUAAACUCUCCGACCGGAAGCACCAUGAUCGGUGGUCAGGUCGGUGAGGUGAUCGAGAGCAGGAAUGCUCAGUUUCCGGUCGGAUCGUAUGCAUUCGCACAGGUCGGUUGGCGUACCAUUUCCGUGUGCAAUCCGGCCGAGUUCGAAACGCGCAAACCGUACGUGCUGCCAGAUUUCGGCACGCUUCCCAUUUCGCUCGGUAUGGGUGCGCUGGGGACGGUCGGUAAUACCGCCUACUUUGGCUUUCUGGAGAUUUGUAAACCGAAACCAGGCGAAACGGUGGUUGUAAGCGGUGCGGCUGGAGCCGUCGGAAGUAUGGUGGGUCAGAUCGCCAAGAUUAAGGGCUGCCGGGCGAUCGGUAUUGCCGGAUCGCGCGAAAAGUGUCAAUGGUUGGAGGAGAUCGGUUUCGACGGUACGAUAAACUACAAGGAGGAGAACAUUGCAGCAUCGCUCAAGCAGCUAGCCCCGGACGGUGUUGAUUGCUACUUCGAUAAUGUUGGUGGCCAAACGUCCGAAGCGGUAAAGGGACAGAUGAAACCUUUCGGACGGAUUUCCGUAUGCGGAACGAUUUCGAUGUACAAUGACCGGCCGGUGCAGGUGGUCGAUCCGCAGCUGGACUUCGUAUGGAAGCAGUUGAUGCAGGAAGGGUUCAGUGUGCACCGUUGGACGGACCGUUGGUUUGAAGGUGUGGAACAGAACAUGCAGUGGAUAAAGGAUGGGAAGAUUAAGGUGCGAGAAACGGUCACCGAGGGCUUCCAGAAUAUGCCUCAAGCGUUUAUCGACAUGAUGAAGGGUGGAAACAUUGGGAAAGCGGUGGUUAAAGUUUGA